CACGCAGCUGCACAAAUUAUCUCUACGUGGACUGUCCGACAAACUCUUUCCGUUUUAGAUGCACAUUCCACUCGCCACUGGUAAGAUGCGCAAGCUGCAGGUCCAGAUACUGACCCGCGAUGGCCGCAAGAGUAUCUAUGAGACCGAUCGUUCCCGGAACGUGGCCGAAUUGAAGAAGCGCAUCGGACGCACCAUGAACGUGCCGAUGGCAUUCAGCCGGCUGACGUAUAAGGGACGCCUGCUGGCCAACGAUUGCAUUCUGGAGGAUGAGGGCGUGAAGCGCAUGUCUACGCUGGAGCUAUUUUGGCAGCCAUUGGUGCUGACACCCAAGCAGUAUCGCGAGAAGGAACUGGAACUGGACAAGCUCGACCAGAAGCAGCGCCAUGUGUCGCGCAUCGCCGAGAACUAUGAGCAGACCGUUAAGAAGGGCGGACACGAGCGUACUCCGAGCGGACUGCGCCGCACACGUGACCGUUUGCGGGUGAAGCGUUCGUUGAGCGUCGACGACAUGAAGUUGUCUUCAAACAGUUUCGCACGCCUGGCGGAGCCCAAAAUUGAGGAAUCCGUGCCGGAGGAGGAGCUGAAGAGCUCAUCGUCAACCGAGGAGCUAGACUUUCUUGCCGCCUAUUGGUGCUGCACGAAGAGCACCACAAAGAAGACCCGUAAGUCAGUGGACGCCAAUGGGCAUAAUUAUGUCGAUAUUCCCGUCGAUGCUGAUGCCGUUGCCGAUGCUAAAGGUAAUGCUAAUGCUAAUGCUAAUGCUAAUAAUAAUGCCGGGGCUCUCAAGCUGGAUGCUGGCAAAGAGUUGAAGAUGAAAGCAUCUGGCAUAGCCACUGGCAUUGGCAUUGGCAAUGACGAUGACUUUGACGAUCUGAUGGCUCAGCGCUCCCUGAACAACAACAACCCUCAGCCAUUCCGCAGUGGACUACGUCUGGCCGCUGGCCGCAUGUCUCGCAGCAUGCUAACCAAUACCAGGAAGAAUCCGAAGAACUCGAAGAAAUAA